AUGUCUCCAUCUGAUCCAUAUGGGCAUUGUGUUACCUAUGGAAUAUGUGAUCCUAACUAUCGUAGUCGAAGAUUUGUAUGUGAUUGGUUAGCAGGGUAUGAACCCAAGUCCAUAAGGGACUGGCAUACUCUAAAAGAUGCAUCAGGUGGGCGUGCCAGGAAGCGGCUAGAGUCUAUCACAUUGUGUGAGCAUGGAGAAGGAUUUGUCAUAGAUAUUGCUGGGAAGGAGACUGGCUGUUUGACAUGGUAUGGCAAAUUGAUGGACACUGGACAUAAUAGGGAGGAAAGAUAUGAUAUUUAUGCUCGUGUUGAUGCAGUUGAAUUAGAUAAUGUAUUUUUGCCUUCGACAAAUUUUGGACAAAACCAAUUUGAAAUCGCCCAAAAAUGGAAUCGUUUUCUUAAAAGCAAGGAUAUGUUAGCCAUUUUAGUAGCAUUUGUUGUUUCAGCUUGGCUUGUCAUCAUCUUAUUUACAUACUUGUGGCUCAAGAAGAAGAACAAAAGGGUGAGGAACAAAUGGAAUAAAAGAUGGCUUGAUACAAUUGACAACGUAUACCACAAGGAAACUUCAGUGGAAAAUCAAGUCGAAGGUAGCAUUAGUCAUCCAGAGAUUGCAUUUUUCAAUCUCAGCACCAUACUUGCUGCAACUAAUAGUUUCUCUCCAGCAAACAAACUAGGGCGGGGUAAAUUGUCUAAUGGAAAGGAAGUUGCUGUUAAAAGACUUUCAAAAGAUUCAGGGCAAGGAAUAGAUGAAUUUAAAAAUGAUGUUUUGUUGAUUGCAAAACUUCAACAUCAGAAUCUAGUGAAACUCGUAGGAUGCUGCAUUCAUGUUGAGGAAUUGAUGCUAGUUUAUGAAUACAUGCCAAACAAAAGCUUAGACUCCUUUCUUUUCGGUAAGUCCUGUGUAUAUCCAACUUUAUUUAGCAUUGUAUUCCAAAAGUUGUCUAAUUCCAUCAGUUUCAACAGCAUGAUUGAUGGACAUAAAAUGCAUAAAUUGGCUUUGAUUGAGAUGGAAAUCUUUUGUUGGAUGGAACAAGAAGAUCAAUCUUGGAUUGCAGAAAACGCUUUGCUAUUAUCAUUGGGAUUGGUUGUGAAUCUUAUAUAUUCACAAAGAUUCUAG